AUUUAAAAUGGGAUAACAAUGUUAAAAAUGUUAAUUAAAUUAAGCAUUAAGUCAUGACUUAAAUAGAAAUGAUUAAUCUGAUUCAGAUCCAGAAUAUGAUGAAGUCGAUGAAAAAUAACCAUGUAUUAAAGCCUAAUUAUUUUUGUAGAAAAACCACCUUCUCUUGAUAGCAAGUCUAAUUCAACUACUUUUUAUAAAGAAUAAUAUAAUUCCUUAUCUUCAUAGUAAUAAGGAAAAGAUGACAUCGAUAAUAAUAAUAAUAAUCUUUAAUUGAAUCUAAAUGAUGGUUCAACCUAUAUAGGUGUUAUAUAGAAUGGUAAAGCUAAUGGUUAUGGUAAAUUAAUUACUUUUAAUGGCGAUAUUUAUGAAGGCAAUUUUAUUGAUAAUCUUUUAGAAGGUAAUGGAUAAUGCCUCUUUAAAAGAGGACCAAUAUAUACAGGAUAAUUUAAAGCUGGUAAACCUGAUGGUAAUGGAAAAGAACUAUGGCCAGAUGGAUCUAAUUAUGAAGGAGAAUUCUAAAAUGGGAAAAAGAAUGGUUAUGGUACUUACAUAUGGAAUUAAUAAAGUAAUUAUGAAGGACAAUGGAAAGAUAAUAUGAUUUAAGGAAUUGGAAAAUAUUAAUGGUUGGAUGGUAGAGUAAUUUUACAAUUUUAUUAGCUAACAGUCUUAUUAUGGAUAAUGGCUUAAAAAUUAAAUGCAUGGAAGAGGUUGUUAUAAAUGGAAAGAUGGAAAAUAUUAUGAUGGAUAAUAUCAAAAUGAUAGAAAAUCUGGCUUUGGAAUAUUUUAUUGGCCUGAUGGUAGAUAAUUUUAAGGUUAUUGGUAAGAUGGUAAAUAACAUGGGAAAGGAAUCAUUAUAAAUGAAAAUGGUAUUAAAAAAUUUGGAGAGUGGCAAGAUGGAAAAUUAAUCAAUUACAUAGAAGAUUUAGAUUGUCAACUUAUUCCAGAUGGAUGGUUUCUAAAUUCUUUUAAUUAUUAAUGAAUUAAUUUUCUUACUUUAAUAUUUUUGUAUAAUUACAUUAUAAACAACAUUUUAAUUAAUGUCAAUUAUAAUCAUCAUAAUCUAUACAUCAUUACUUAUUAUUUUUAUAUACUCAUAUUCUUAUUCUAUUUUUUAUUAUCUAUUGUAUUUUUUUAUUUAAAAUAUCAAUGAAUAACGACUAACUAAAUUGAAUGAUUCAAAAGAUAUCUAAAAUUAUAAAAAAUCAGAUUCAAGUAACAGAGAAUAGUAAUAUUUCGUUUGA